GUCAAAAUUCUAUUCUUCUGCAGGUUAUGGUGUACGCACUACGACGGAAGAAUGUCCAGAAGCCAUUUUCAUAAUGUGUCUCCAAAGCAUAGCCGGAAUGAUCAUCCAGGCUUUUAUGGUCGGUAUAGUUUUCGCAAAAAUGACUAGACCGAAACUGAGAACGCAAACUCUUCAGUUUUCCAAAAACAUUUUGGUCUGCCAGCGUGACGGGUACCUCUGCCUCUUGUUCAGAGUGGGCGACAUGAGAAAGAGUCACAUCAUCGGAGCUAGUAUCCGCGCUCAGCUCAUUCGUGCCAAAAAGACGAAGGAGGGUGAACUCUUGAACACCUUCCAAACGGAACUGUCUCUGAGUGCAGAUGGCUGCGAUGGAAACUUGUUUUUCAUCUGGCCCAUGACGAUCGUCCACAGGAUUGACGAAAAUUCGCCAUUUUUCUACCUCGGUGCCAGUGAUAUGAUACAUGAUAAGUUCGAAAUAGUAGUUAUAUUAGAAGGAACAAUUGAAAGUACUGGUCAGACCACUCAAGCUAGAUCGAGUUAUCUUGCAAGUGAAGUGUUGUGGGGACACAGAUUCGAACCGGUAGUUUUUUACAAUAAAGACAGACAGGGUUAUGAAGUGAAUUACUCGAAAUUCAAUAAUACUAUUGCCAUCGAUACACCUUUCUGUUCAGGAGCUGACUUAGCGGAAUUUUACAGGAUACAACAAGCUUCUGAAUCAGAGGCCAAAUACCUCACGGGAGUUUCGUCAGCGAAUGGCCUCGCCCAAUUUGCGCCGUCGAACCAAUAUCAACCAAUAGAAACACCUUCAGCCCAUCCCCUAGUAAACCAUUUGGACGUAGAAAAGGGUGAAAAUUUUUCGACUGAGAAGCAAGCGGAACCGGAAAACAAGAGUGUUCUGAAACUGCAUUAUGACAUUCCCGAAGAAAAAGAAGAAGACGUCAAUGAGGAUCAACCUUGUUUAGUGAAAUACAUAUAAAAUCGUUUCGAAUAGAGUGGCAAAUGUUUUGUAAAUAAUUUAUUAAUGAUGUGAUGAAAUACAUAUUUUUAUACAAAAUUA